AUGGCCUCCUACAUCCCCCUCGCCCAGAUCUCCCCCGACGAGUUCAUCCCCGGCCCCGCCACUAGGCCCCGCCCCCGCCAUUCUUUCCCGCUCUGGUUCUCUCGCCGCCGCGCUCUCCUCGCCCUCAUCGCGCUCUCCUCCCUCGUCUCCCUCGCCAUCUUUAUCCCCCUCUCCCUCUCAGACGACGAAAUCAUCCCCCUCGACUCCCCCGUCAACCCCAACUACCAGCCGACAUACAUCGCGAUCCCUGUCCCCGACCGCCUCCCUCCAGGCGCACACCCCCGCCUCCGCCCGGUCCGCGACUUGCCCUCCAACUGCCUGGAGCAGUACUACGCCGCAGGCCAACCAUGUCACGACGGCAACGGGCCCCUCCCCAUGGACGUCUUCUGGACAUGGGUCAACGGCUCCGACCCGCUCAUCAUCGCCACCAAACAGCACGCCGUCGACUCCUUCUCCGAGGACGACCCAGACCGCCCGUUGAACACAUUGAAUCCAAGCCGCAUGUACCGCGACCACGACGAACUGCGGUAUUCGAUCCGCUCCGUGCUCGCCAACUACCGUCCACACGUGAACCGGUUCCGCAUCAUCACCUCCGACGUCGACUACCCGGAAGACCCCGACCAGUCCUUCCCAGACCCCGGGCCCGGCUACUGGCGGCUCGGCCUCCAGCCCCAGUGGCUGCAGUCGCUCGACGAAGAGACGCCGCAGUGGAAAGACGGGGACGUGCACCUGUCGCUCACCCACCACGCCCACAUCUUUGAGCCGUACAACGCGACGAGCUUCAACAGCUAUGCGAUCGAAUCACAAUUUGGCCAUCUGCAGGACGUGUCCGACACCUUAACGACGACUUCUAUCUCGUCCGUCCCGUGUCCCCCGCCACGUUCUACACCCACCGUGCGUCUCCUCCUCCCGCCCGUCUACGGCACCGUGAUGCGCAUCCAGGCAGACAUGACCGUCGGCCCCGACUGGCCCCAGACCGAGCGUGGCGAGUGGAAGACGAUGGGCGUCACCAAUUGGCUCCUCAGUGCGUGUCUUUGCGAACGCUUUGGCCGGCGCCGGCGCCCGUAUAUACAGCACCAGGCCAAGGCCGUCUCCUUCCCCGUCCUCCAAGAGCUCUCCAUCAUCUGGAAGGACUGGACCGCCCGCUCCGCCUCCCACCGCUUCCGCGAGACGGAGGGCAACCCGGGCGACAUCUACGAGAUGUUCCUGUUCGCGCACUUCCUCGUCGAGCGCAACCGCGAGGCCCUCCUGUGGGCCUGGGCGGUCGGCCGCAUCGGCGGCCUCGACGACUCCUGGUCCGAGCACGAGACCACCCGCGCCUGGAUCGAGCUCGGCGGCGGGUGGGACGGGGACGCGGGCCGCGAGAUCACCGUCGAGUCCGGCCUGCGCGAGACGAUACGGGAGGACCGGCUCCACAAGAACCUCCGCGCGAGCGGCGUCGAGCCGGUGGACGGCCACUGGCGCUCCACGUACCACUUCUCCUCGCAGGACGGCUACGCGUACAACCCGUACGGCCGCCGUGGAGAGGGCGGCUGGCCCGGGUUCGAGCCUGAGGAGCCCCCGAAGAAGCCGCUGAAGGAGAAGGAGCGGCUGCAAAAGGAGGCCGAGCGCGCACGGCGGAUGUGCACCAUCAAGCGCGAGGAGUGCUUCGGCGUCCGUGGGCCGGAGGGCGGCGCGCCCUCCGCGAGCGAGGUCUUCAAGCGGAUCGCGUUCGAGAAGACCGAGUGCGGGGACUGCAUCAUCACCGCGCUCGUGCGCGCGAGCGGCCCGCUCGGGCUGUCGGCUUUCUUGCCCGACGAGACGCGGCGGACGGAGGCGACGGGCGAGCCCGCGGACGAGAGCUGGGUCCCGCACCUGCCGCUCGUCGAGAAGUGGCAGGACGGCCGGUACGCGCUGCGGGACGUCAUGCGCGCCGCGCCGGACACGAGCGUCCGGGAGUGGGCGAUGCGGCUCAUGCAGCGGUACCGGUACAUCAUCGCGGGGACGUGGUCCGCGUUCGAGCGGAUGGAGAGCCUGGGCCAGACGCGGACGAUGCUCGCGCGGCUGGACAAGCAGGAGGGCCUGACGAUGGUGUGCAUCAACGACGACCUGAACCGGCAGAACGAGGAGGUGACGCGGUACUUCCGCGGGUGGCAGCAGAAGCACUGGCCGCGCGCGGCGUCGUGGGAGGUGGACGCAGCGAACGAGCGGCGGGCGGGCAACGCGUCUUCGGGUGCUACGCCGCCGUCUGCGGACUCGCCUCCGGACGUUGGCGGCACGUAG